AUGUCUCCUUCAGCUGUAUGCGAGGCCUCGCCCGAAAGCCAAGGUCUUGUGAAUGGCCACAAUGGACAUGGCAGCUUUACGGCCGUGAAGUCCAGAAACGGCACCUUCUCGCUUGCAGAGAGUCUCGCGGGCCUCCAGACGGAGCAGAAGAAUUCGAAAACAACAAAUAUUGAUUCCAUGAGUUCUAUAGAACUAUGUCGCGUUAUCAACGAAGAGGAUGCCUCGGUCGCACAAGCAGUUCAGACCUGCCUUCCUCAGAUUGCUGAUGCUAUUGAUAUUAUUGUGCCUCGACUCUUGAGUGGUGGCCGAGUCAUCUACACCGGGGCAGGGACAAGUGGGAGUUAUCAGCAACUGAGCAGUGAUAGUCCCCCUACAUUCUCGGCCCCUCCUGGACAGUUCGUCGGCCUAAUUGCAGGAGGAGAUUACGCGAUCCGAAACGCUGUCGAAGGCGCCGAAGACUCGGAAGAGCUGGGAGCAACAGACCUGGCAGAACUUACGCCGCCGCUCAGCAAGGACGACACUUUGGUGGGAAUCGCUUCUUCAGGGAGAACCCCAUAUGUGCUGGGCGGCUUGAAGUACGCCCGCUCUAUCGGAGCUGCCACGGUCGGUCUGGCAUGCGUCAAGCCCAGCUUGCUCAGGUCCCUUUGCGAUGUUUUGAUUGAGUGUGUUACAGGACCUGAGGUUGUGACGGGCAGCACUCGACUGAAAGCGGGCACUGCAACAAAAAUGAUUCUCAACAUGAUCUCGACGGGCUCUCAAAUUCGCACAGGAAAGACGUUUGGAAACUUGAUGGUCGACUUGAAAAUGUCCAACGAGAAGCUGCAGAACCGGGCCCGCCGGGUUGCCCGAAUGGUGGUCCCUCCAUCAUCGGCUCUCGAUAUCGAGAGUGAAGAGGUCCUGGAUGCCGUGCUCGCUGAUUGCGACGGUCAGGUCAAGCUCAGUAUUCUCGUGGCGACUCUGGGCUGCUCGCCCGCCGAAGGACGGGCUAAGCUAGGGGCUGCCUCAGGCUCGUUAAGACAAGCCCUGCAGGGAAACUUAACCGAUUGA